AUGACACAGAUUGAAUGGGCCAUGUGGGCUAACGAACAGGCUAUCGCAAGUUCUCUGAUUACAAUACUUGGAGGAAUUAUUGGAAUCUCUGGAUCUUUUGCAAAAUGGCAGUUUGCAGUCUAUGCUGUAGUAGCUGGACUUGUAGUGAUUAUCAUGGAAUAUCCACGAAGUUUAAGAGCAAAAGGAAAGAGUACUCCACGGAGGCUGCAGUUUCCAUUUACAGUCUUCCUGAAUGCAUUGGGCCCCCUCGGACGAAACUAUUACUUUCGAGUAUUGUUUUAUUUCAUGCUCUGUGUCCCUUGUGUCUUCCUACUUCCUACACUUUUGGGCGGAAUAUGUCUGUUCAUAUCCAGCAUCCUCUACUUUGUGGCAGCACUGAGAGGUGAAUGUUGGAAAGCUGACUUGCCACAAAAUGAAGAAGCCACAGGAAAUGAAGGGAUAACUGCACCAACAAUGCCUCCACCCAGGAAGCCGCGUGUCUUUACAACACAGAAGAGUGCUGCAGUACUUUAA